AUACUUAACGAUAUGUUGAUCAAUCUUUGACAGCCCUAAUUCUGAUCUGAUCUUGGAUUUACUAUUGUCUUUGCGGGAGUGGAAAAAACCGCAAGAAGUAAGAACAGAGGCAGUUAUCAGUUGAGUUCAGAGCCAGAGCAGGGCUUAAGCAGACCUCACUUGUUGAAUACAUCAAGCCAGUAAACAUGGACAAGCUACGCCGCGUUCUGAGUGGGGAUGAGCCCACACCUGAGGAGGAGAGCAGCAUCAUCACACAGAUUAACGACAUGUCCACUUUGAGUUGGUCCACUCGAAUCAAGGCGUUUUGUAUUUGCUUUGUGCUGGGCAUUUUACUUUCGCUGCUGGGAUCUAUUGCCCUAUUUUUGCAUCGAGGAAUUGUGGUCUUUGCGGUUUUCUAUACCCUAGGAAACAUAGUCUCGAUGGCCAGUACUUGCUUCCUGAUGGGUCCCUUCAAGCAGAUCAAAAAGAUGUUUGCCGAAACCCGCCUGAUAGCCACCAGUAUCGUGAUCGUGGCCCUUAUCAUGACUUUUAUAUCAGCCAUAGUGUUGAAAAAAGCCGGACUGACGCUUAUAUUCAUUAUCAUACAAUCCCUGGCCAUGACCUGGUAUUCGCUAUCGUACAUCCCAUAUGCCCGAGAUGCUGUUAAAAAGACCGUGUCGGCAUGCUUCGAAGUCUAACACCCCCUGCGCUUCUGUACAUAAUAUGAAAUUCUAGAUUGGUUUGUAACUUAAGCUAAGAGACAAUUAAAUCGUCUGUAUUAACCUAG